AUGGAGUCGCCUGUGGAGCAGGCGGGGAGUCGGCCGCGGCGGCAGCGUCCGCGUCCGCCGCACUCCCCCGGCGUGAUGUCGGCCACCACCACCACCACCGAUGACGUGGCGAGCGGCACGGAGGAGAGCGCCAGUUCGCUGCUGCGCCAGGAUCCGCAGCUGGCGGCUGUGCUGGGUGGGCUGCCCAGUUCAUCGAAGGAGCUCCUGCGGCGCAUUGAGCGGCAGCAGGACGAGAUUCGAGUUCUGCAGGAGGAGAACACGCGGCUGCGGGCGCGGGAGGUCGAAGUUUCCGCGUUGACGCUGCGUCUGCAGCAGCAGUUUGGGGCGACGCAGUCACAGGUGGACCGUCUCAAGUCACAGGUGCGCAUGGAGCUGAUGAACCCCAUAACGGAGGAGGAGUACACGGCGAUUGAGUCCCUCGAGGAGGGAAAGCGGGAUCUGCUGGACACAGUGAAGCUUGGCAUUUACCAGCAGCUUGGGUCCAUGCGGGCGGCGAAGGAUGCGGCGAUGCGUCGGUCGACGGAAAUGGCGACGGAGACGACGCGGCUCACCCGUGAGAACAGGGAGCUUCAGCAGCGGCUAAAGGAGCUGGAGGCCGUUGUGGAGGCUGAGCGACAGUCCUUCCGACGCCAGCUGCAGGAAGUGGAGCAGCGCGGCAGUGGCGUGGUGGAGCUCGAAGGAAAAGUCCGGGACUUGGAGUCGCGACUGAAGAACGCGUACGUGGACCAGGAGCAGUUCCUGACGGCAAAGCUGAAUGCGUCUGUCAAGACGGAGGAGGCCACGCGGCUGGGCGUGCGGCUGCGCGAGGCGGAGAUGGAGGCGGAGCGGUACAAGACGGUCGCCGAGUGCUCAGAGCAGAAGCUUGACAUCCUCAAAUCCGAGUAUUAUGAGCUGAAGCUGAAGAACAGCCAGCGGGUGCUGGAGCUCGAGGCGUGUCUAAAGGGGGCGGAGGAGAAGCUGAAGACGCUCUCAGACCUCGAGCUGGAGUCGGAGUUGUUUGUGUCGAACUUGGCGAUGCAGUCGGGGGGGCAAAUGGCGCUCACUGCCGCUCCGACGUUCGCAUCGGCGGCGGGAGACGACGGGGCCCCCGCGGCCGCGUCUGCCGCCCCCUCAUUAAGCAACUAUGAGAGCUGGCUCGCCCUGCCGCGGUCACGCAAGUUGGCCCACGCUCUCACUGUGACGAAGCGCUGCCUGCAGCUCGAGAAUCGCCUCUCUGUCCUACAGCACGAUGUGGAAUUCAAGGACAAGCAGAUUGCGCGGUUGCAGGCCUCGCUAGACAUGGCCCGAGAGGCGUUGAACAACUCCAACAGCCCCUUUGCCAUGGUGGAGCGCACCGUGGAGCGGCUCACGCGGGAAAACGAGGAACUCCACGACAAGACAGUGUCCUUGUCCGAGGAAAACGCGCUGCUGCGCCAGCGACUGGAGCAGCGCACCGCAGAUGUGCAGGUUCUCUGCGGACAUCGCAAGGAGCUUCUGCGCAUCCAACGCGUCCUGCGACGCCUUGGAUUGGAGGGGAAGGUGGCGGAUCCAGCAGCUGCCUCGCGCUCGCAGGGGCCUCAGCAACCACCGUGGCCGCCACAGCAGCAGCAGCAGCAGCGGGAAAUGGAUGACGCGUUGGAUCCACAUUCCAGCAGUAUCCGCUCUUUUGGGUUGCGGCGGGAUCAAACGGCGGAGUCACCGCUUUCCUUCUCCCGACACCAGGCGGACGAGUUGUUGCACAUGGGCAAGGAACCCGAGACAGCUUCGGCGACGGAGGGGCAGCAGCGACAGGCACGGCAGCAGACUCAGGAAUUAGAGAAAUCCUCGAGCGGCGUACUUGUCCCACGGCCCAUCCAGAUCAUAUCCUGA